AUGGCGAUGGUGUCGAUGGAAGCCAACGGCGUCAGAGUUAAACAAGUGUUUAAGAAAGUGAGGCCUUAUGCGGCCAUGGUUUUGCUUCAGUUUAGCAUUGCUGUUAUGUACGUAAUUUUAAUGGCAACACUUAAGGAAGGCAUGAACCAGUCUGUAAUGUUUGCCUAUCGUAGCGCUGUCGCUGCUACUGUCAUUCUGCCAUUUGCACUCUGGUUUGAGAGGAAUGGGAGACCUAAGAUGACAGUCGUCAUCUUCAUCAAGGUUAUGGCGCUGGGAAUUCUUCAACCUGUUCUUGAUCAAAACUCCUACUUGAUGGGAGCCAAGAUGACCUCAGCAGGCUUUGCUUCUGCUCUUGAAAACAUUAAUCCAGCCGUUACUUUAGCCAUUUGCCUUCUUUUAAGGAUGGAGAAGUUGAAUAUUCGAAGAAGGAAUGGCCUUGCCAAGGUCAUUGGAGCCCUCUUGGGUGUGAUUGGCGCAGUUUUGAUGAUUUUAUACAAAGGUCCCUUUGUGGAAUUUGUCUGGUCUAAAGGAAAAGAGAAUCACAGCACUGCAGUUAAUGUAAAUGCAAUUGACAAAGCCACAAGCAGCUUCAGAUGGAUGAAGGGCAUAUUGAUGAUUUUUAUUAGUUGCCUCAGCUGGUCUUCCUUUAUAGUCCUGCAAGCAAACACUUUGAAAUCAUACCCUGCAAAACUAAGCCUCACAGGAAUGGUUUGUUCUGUUGGUGCGGUAGCAAACACAGUGAUUGCUCUUGUGGUGGAGCAUGGGAGUUUCCGGCCAUGGAUUUUAGGCUGGGAUAUGAGGCUUUUUGCCGUGAUCUAUUCGGGGCUAAUAGGCAAUGCGUUCACGUACUUUAUGCUUGGGAUGGUGACGAAGGAGAAAGGUCCAGUUUUUGCAAGUGCCUUCAAUCCUCUUACAAUGAUCAUGACUAAUGUCUUGGGCUCGAUCUUCCUAGCAGAAAGGACUGCUCUUGGAACAAUCAUUGGCGCAACUAUCUUGGUAGCUGGCAUGUACUUCAUUUUAUGGGGUAAAAGCAAGGAUUAUUCAAUUCAGAUGGAGAAGGAAAAAAAUAUUGGGGGACUUGAGCUGCCUGUGAUUGCACCUAAUUCUAUUGAGGGCCGAGGAUCUACAUUGAGAUCUGAACCCAUCUUUAUCGAUACCACCACUUUAUAUUGGAGUUCCAUCGGACCACCACUUGAGGCCUGGAAUUCUGCCAUACCAUCACUUGAUGCCCAUAGUUCUAUUGGACCACCACUUGAUGCAUGGAGUUCUGCCAUACCUCCACUUGAGGCCCAAAGUUUCGCCGGACCACCACCUCACGCCAAAGUUCCAUUUAGACACCACUUGAGGCCAGAAGUUCUACCGAACCCCCACUUGAUGCCCGAAGUUCUAUUAGACCACCACUUGAUGCGCGAAGUUUCGCUAAACCACCACUUGAUGCCCGGAGUUCCAUAUUACCAUUGCAUAAUGCAGACUUCUAUCAAACCACCAUUGGACUACUAA